UCAGGAGUCAGCAGCGACUGCAGAUCAGUGCAUGUCCAAACAUCAAAGCAAGCAAUUAAAUGAUACACUGACUGACACUGACAGAAACAUUGUCAUAGUAACAUAGUAAGAUUGAAGUAUGGCUGCCAUGCCUGUGACCUGCCAUUGUUGGCAUUGUCAUUGUUGGCAUUGACCGAGACAACUUGUUGAUAUGCAGACCAGGCGCAGUGCCUCGCUGCUCAGCAACGCUCUAAACUUUCAGCUUCUUUGCUGACAUUGAGAGCUCUGUGUUUCUUUCAGCGAGGGGCGUAGGGAGACAUACCGGGUCUUACAGUGGCUUGCUUGCAGACACAGACAGCUUAUUACUUGAUUGUGGCGUCUCAUCUCGCUGAAACGCAUUGGACGCCUAAGAAAGUAUUGGUAGUGAUCUCCAGUGGUAUUUUGGCAGAGGAUUCAGAGGUAGUUGUGUUUACAGACGCGGCAAAUCAUCUGGCCUCUUUCCAUCUAAAGCAGCUGGCAUCUCCAAACGGCAGCCAGAAUGCAGAUGGAAUCAAGGCUACCUCCGACUGCAUCCACCUCAGGGAGGCUAACUGAGCCCCGUCUGCAGUCUCAGCAUGGGCGAGAAGCUGUACUUCUCAUUGAAUAUAGGAACCUGAAGUACCAUGCACCCCCGGGUGUCUAUGUCAUGCCAUCAUUUGAGAGUUUACAAGCCUGGGAAGGUGCUGUGUUUGUGAGGCAAGGCCUGUACAAAGGAGGGAUUUUCAAAUUCACAAUAAGAAUACCAGACGGGUACCCGAAGGAGUGGCCUAGUGUCAGAUUUACGACCCCACUGCUUCACCCACAAGUAGACUCGCAAGGGUUUCUGAACUUGACACUACUGCUGCAGGGUCAGACGCUUGUCCAAGGAUACAUCGUCUCUCUCCUGAAGUACAUACACGAUGUCUUCCAUAGUAUUGUUACAGAGUCGCCCGCCAACCCAUAUGCUGCUGUCAUGUACAAAGACGCCCGGCGGCAGUUCGCGCAGCAAGCAGAGGACUGUGCUUCGAAAUCCAGCAGCGCUGCGCUGCAGACAAGACCUGGGGCCAGUCUGCGGUUUCAAGAAUUCAACCUCGAGCAUCAAGAGGCCUUGGAGGACAUCUUGCAGCGACAGAUUUGAGGACCAUCGAGCUGACUGCAAUAAUCGAAGACUCUUUAUCUAGGAUGUAAAAUGCGGGCGUUUGUGUACCAUGCUGUUUGACCAUGUAGUAUCCUCCCCACCUCCCUG